GAAAGUUUGAGGAAUUUAGCCUGACUAUCGGUUAGGGUAACGUUUGCGUUUCUCUUGAUGUUUAAACACGCAUAUUUAGUUUUUUAAUUACUUAUACAUAUUCUUUGAAAUUAGAUUUUGAUAUUCGUGUUUCUUGAAGAACCUCCAACAUUAUUUUACGGCUAGUGUUCUUUAAAUCAAAGUUGAUACACCCUGACCAUAUAUAACCUGUCUUAUUGUUAUUUCCUGUCUUGCAAUCUAAGCAAUGUGUUCUGUUUUUAUUUUUUUUAAGCUGACUUUGUAGUUUAAGGAAGCACAUGAUUUUCUUGCUUGUUUGAUAGCAUGUUUGCUUGCAACUGAAUUGACUGGAGAAUAAUCGUCUAUGUUUUGACUUUUAUUAUCUAUAGUUUUCUCAUUCUAGGUUUGGUCAAUAGUUUGGUAUUGAAGCUUCUUCCUAAUGGUUGGUUUAGAAGCACUAUACUAUAUUCAUCUGUGUAGGUUCUACGAUAAUGACUUACUUUAUUGACCAAAGAGGGUCAUUUUUUUUUAAAGUUUAGUUGGUUGAUGACCAAAUCUGCCAAUAUAAAAGGGGCAACAUCCUAGUAUGUUUAACCAUGUUCCUGGCUUCUUCACUGUCAGGAGGCCUGAGUGGAACACAUUGAGUUGCUCCUGCAUCUAGAAUCACAAGUUUGGAGAAGAUAUGGGAAUCUUUUCACGCAGUUCGAUGAGUAGGAAAUCAAAAGAUGGAAUGAAGAUCAUUGCAACUGCAUUUUUUGGAGUAACGUUCGGCUUUAUUAUUGGAAUCUCUUUUCCAUCAUUAUCAAUCACUAAGGUGAGUCUCCCAACAAACUUUCUUCCUUCAAACGGUAUCUCAUAUAUAGAGGAAAAGGGCUCGGCAAUUGCAACUCCAGAUAGUCAUAAAUCUUGGUCAUCAUCAAAGAGUAACGCUAGCAGCUCAUCUGGUCCAAACGACAAAUCAAAGAUAUGGGUUCCUUCGAAUCCUCGUGGUGCUGAAAGAUUGCCACCUGGUAUGAUUGCUGCUGAAUCAGACUUCUAUUUACGCAGACUGUGGGGCUUACCGCAUGAGGAUUUGACAAGCCAGCCAAGAUAUCUUGUGACGUUUACUGUGGGUAUAAAUCAGAAAGAAAAUAUCGAUGCUUGUGUCAAGAAGUUUUCAGAGAACUUCACUAUUGUCUUAUUUCAUUAUGACGGCCGAGUAACUGAAUGGGAUGAGUUUGAAUGGUCCAAGACUGCUAUACACAUUAGUGUGCGGAAGCAGACAAAAUGGUGGUAUGCAAAGAGGUUUUUGCACCCUGAUAUUGUAGCAAGAUAUGAUUAUAUAUUCAUCUGGGAUGAAGACCUUGGGGUUGAACAUUUUAAUGCAGAAGAGUACAUAAAGCUUGUGAAGAAGCAUGGCCUGGAGAUUUCCCAACCUGGCUUGGAACCAAACAAGGGGUUAACAUGGCAGAUGACAAAGAGAAGAGAAGAACUUGAAGUCCACAAGAUAACAGAAGAAAAACCUGGAUGGUGCUCAGAUCCUCAUCUCCCUCCAUGUGCUGCAUUUGUGGAGAUAAUGGCUCCUGUAUUUUCAAGAGACGCCUGGCGAUGCGUGUGGCACAUGAUCCAGAAUGAUUUGGUUCACGGUUGGGGACUUGACUUUGCACUCAGAAGAUGUGUCGAGCCUGCACAUGAGAAGAUAGGUGUAGUAGAUUCUCAAUGGGUCGUUCAUCAAACUGUCCCUUCCCUUGGCAGCCAAGGUGAGGCAACAGACGGCAAAGCGCCAUGGCAAGGGGUGAGAGACAGAUGCAAAAAGGAAUGGACCAUGUUCCAGAGUAGAAUGGCUAACGCGGAGAAGGAUUAUUUCAAGUCCUUACAAGUUGAAGGCUCCUCCAAUUCAACAGCAACAACCAUUUGAUGGGAGAGCUGUUUUAGUAGCCAGGCCGAGACGCUGACAGAUUCAGUUUACAAAGUGUGUCUCGCAUUUACAUAUAGAGUCUGUAUAUGUUAAUGUAGUGGAUACUCCAUCUCUUCUUAGCCCACAACAAAAUAUUCCAUCAAAUAAACAAAAAUGAUGCGCAUACAA